CGAACCCUUUUAAGAACACAAAAUCAGUUUAGCAGUUUAUGUUGAAUUUCGAAGACUCCGCCCAGUGUGAUUACGAAAAAGUCGCAGGGACCAAUGAAACUCCAGUGUGUCGGUAGUAUUUCCAGCUGGACUUACUGGCAGCAGGUUUUUUGUUGUAAGCAUAUGGAAUGUAGGUAACGUUAGAUUCUUGCCAUUCGUGGGACUAAACAUUCUUAUCCAGUGGAAAAGCCUUACAGAAAAGUGCAGCGUUGUUGAAUGAAAGCAAUGUGCUCGACGCUCUCUCAGUUUGUGCAAUAGUAAUUUCGGCAAUCGGGGGUCGAAGUUAAGAAUGGAACUCCACAGGAGUUGGAUGCGUUCAAGUGUCUUUUACAGGAACAUCUCCCUCUCGAGAACAAUAUAAGCGAGGCGUGGGGUUCAGCACAUACAGGCAUGAAACCAAAGCUACAAGACAGUAGGUUAAGCCCACUUGCCAAUUUGGAAGUGUUUACGAGAUAGAGGCUAAUUUGACAGCUAGCUGGACAAUCAGACAACUCUCUAUCGUUGACGGUGUCAUUAGUAGACAUUGGUCAAGUCAUCGGUUUUUGUCGUUUACUGACAACACUGCGUUUUGAACGGUUGUCAUCAGGACACUUACUGUUAGAGGGAAAAGGUCUGCUCUAUGUUGCAAUGCAUGUGAUUUUGUUUGCUAUGCUUGCUAGUGACUUGUGCAAUUCGCAUAGCUAGCAUAGCUAGGUAGCUCCCUGUCCUAGUAUUGCUAGCAGUGGCUUAGUUAGAUCACAUUUUAAAUCCGCCUGGUUUCACCAGGAACCAAUGUCUUCCUAAAUCGUUCCACGACCAAGGUUGAUGGGGUUAGGCUUUAGGGAGAUAACAGGUGCAGAACAAGAUAGGGGUCAAAGUUAGUUGAAACUCUGAACACAAAUUAGCUUAAUAUUAGCUAGCUAACUAGCUAACGUUAACAAAUAUUGUCGCUAGUUGAAUAACGUUUACGCUGACUGUCCAGGAGUCGCUUUGACAGGUAUGGAUCCCCCAGGAAGUGACAUUGAGAAUUAAAAGUAUACAAAGAGUGUUUCCCUACAACGUCUUGUUAGUUAUCAACAUUGUUCACAUUCAGAAUGGUCAGAGAUUCACACGCGUGCCGUGGUUUUGGAAUGAUUCUGACAAUACUGCUCAUCGUCAUAAACUUGUCGCACGGAGUGACUGGCCUAGACGAUCAGGCCAUGUCAGCCGAGGAUAAGAACAAAAUAAGGGACCAGAUUCUGGAGAUGUUUGACCACGCAUAUGGCAGCUACAUGAAGUACGCCUACCCUGCUGAUGAGCUGAUGCCACUGAGCUGCAGGGGUCGGGUCAGGGGACUGGAGCCUAGUCGCGGAGACAUCGACGACGCCCUUGGGACGUUCUCCCUCACGUUGAUCGACACCUUAGAUACCCUUGUGGUCCUGAACAAGCUGGACGAGUUUGAGGACGCGGUAAAGAAGACAAUGAGAGACGUCCGACUGGACAACGACAUUGUCGUCUCUGUCUUUGAGACCAAUAUCCGUGUCUUAGGUGGCCUGCUGGGUGCGCACGUGAUGGCCGACCUGCUGCGGCAGCGAGGGGACCGGAUGCUGUGGUACAGGGACGAGCUGCUGCACAUGGCCAAAGACCUCGGCCACCGGCUGCUGCCGGCCUUUAACACCACCAGCGGCCUGCCUUACCCGCGGGUAAACCUAAAGUACGGGGUCCUGAACCCACUGUCCCGCACAGGCACGGAGACAGACACCUGCACUGCGUGCGCGGGGACCAUGAUCUUGGAGUUUGCGGCUCUCAGCAGACUGUCUGGAGACUCUGUGUUUGAGGAAACUGCCAGAAAGGCCUUAGAUGUGCUCUGGGAGAAGAGACAGAGAGGAAGUGACCUCGUUGGAACGGUUAUCAACAUCCACAAUGGAGACUGGGUCCGCAGGGAUAGUGGAGUGGGUGCUGGCAUCGACUCCUAUUAUGAGUAUCUCAUGAAGGCCUACAUUUUGCUGGGAGACAAUGUGUAUCUAGAGCGCUUCAACACUCACUAUAGUGCCAUAAUGAAGUACAUCAGCCAGCCGCCUCUGUUGCUGAAUGUGCACAUGCACAAUCCCACUGUCAACGUCCGCAGCUGGAUGGACUCUCUGCUCGCCUUCUUCCCUGGACUGCAGGUGCUAAGAGGUGAUCUAAAACCAGCUAUUGAGACUCACGAGAUGCUGUAUCAGGUCACCAAGCAGCACAAGUUUCUGCCAGAGGCUUUCACUACAGAGUUCAGGGUCCACUGGGGCCAGCAUCCAUUGCGACCAGAGUUUGCAGAAAGCACCUACUUCCUUUACAAGGCAACAGGGGACCCGUACUAUCUGAAAGUGGGCCAGUCCAUAGUGGAAAAGCUGAACACACACGCUCGCGUCCCCUGUGGUUUUGCCGCCGUGCAGGACGUGAGGACGGGCACACACGAGGACAGGAUGGAUUCUUUCUUCCUGGCAGAGAUGUUUAAGUACCUUUACCUGCUGUUCUCGGAGAAGAGCCAGCUGCCUCUGGACAUUGAUAACUACAUCUUCACCACUGAGGCCCACCUGCUUCCUGUGUCUCUGUCCACCACCCAGCUUCCCUGCCAGGGGAACCAUACGGAGCAGCUGAGCAACCAUGGGGAGGACCUGUUCACCUACUCGUGCCCCAGCACCCAGACACUCUUCCCCAACAACCCCUCCUUCGCCAAGAGCAUUCGCGACGGCUACAAGUACCUGACGGGGGUGGGCAGGGCUUACCACGCCUCGCCAGUCAGGGGCAUUGAGCUGCCUCUGCAUGACACCGGUCUGGAGCCAGUAGAGUUCCUGAAGAGCAUGGGCAUCACCCUCACCCCUCUCAACGAGGCCGCCACUGGCACCGCGGGCAAAGGGCCACACGAGAAAGGUGUGUACAGGGUAAGGCUGGUGGCUGAGCUCAGUCAGACCCCAGACGAGGAGGAGGAGGUGGUCCCCCUCAUAGUCCAGGUCAUCUCUCCCCCAUUUCUGGGUAGAACUGUCCUGACGGCCGGCCCAGCCAAAUUUGGCAUGGACCUUACCAAACAGGAGCACGGGGUGAAGGGCAGCAUUGUGAAGAGCGAACCCUACACAGCCUGUGGCCCCAUAGAGAAUGCAGACAUCCUGAGGGGCCACAUUGCCUUGGCCCUGAGAGGGGACUGCAUGUUUGCCGCUAAAGCCAGGAGACUACAGGAAGCCGGGGUAACAGGCGUCAUCUUCAUAGACCACAGAGAGGGCAGCAGCAUUGAGGAGACGCCCCUGUUCCAGAUGGUGGGGGACGGGGUGGCCACUGAUGACAUCACAAUUCCUCUGGUGUUCCUGUUCAGCCGAGAGGGGGCCGAGCUGACCUCUGCCCUUCACCAGCAUGGCAACGUGGAUGUGCUGCUACUGCCCAAAGAACGCCAGCUGGGCAGAGAAAAAACAGAGAAGCUAAAUAUCAAGUUUCGUCUGGCGAAAGAGGGAGAGAUGAUGGAGGGCGGUGGAGAUGGCACCACUUUUCACCUCCUUCUCGAGCCUGGGAGCGAGAGAACAGACACUAAAGACAAAAAGAAAUAUGAGGAGCAAGAGGAGAAGAGCAUCUCUCCCUCAGGCCACUGUAGUGCCUCACAAGAUGGCAGCCAGCCAGCUUGUGGAUUAGAGCCAAACCACAAACCUGAAGCCGACCCCUGACCUGCGAUCAGCCCGGACACGGAAUCCCCCACUCGCAACACGGCUGCUGAGGACCAGGCACUGGUCCAGGACCAGUGCUCAGGCAGCGCACCGGCACGCCCUUUGAAGGGCUCUGCUCUGCUCUAAACUGCUGGCUCUUACCCUGUGGUAGAGUCUCUGAAUGACUUUGAAAGGAAACUCAGACCUCAAGCACUAGUGUAAGGGAUGGAUCGUGUAUAGUUAGUAGGGUAGUGGAACUGUGUAAUUUGUGUGUUCUAGCAUAACAAAUGGAAUUGGACAAUGGAUAUGGAGGUAAUGAAAUAGUCUUAGGCCACGGACUGAUGGUCUUCUGCUCCCAUGGUGCAGGGAAGGUGGAAGUGAUUUUCCAUGGCAGGAGACCUUCUUGGUUCCUUACAGGGGUUAGGGUGACAUCUUUGGGCUUAACCAUGUUCUCUAGUGUUCUCUAUAGAAUAAGAGUACCGCUCCUCUCUGGGAGCCUUGGCCCAUUUAAACUAGUAGAGGAAGUUACUGGUAAAAUCAUGAAAACCACAGUUGCUGUGCAGCAACAGACCCAACAAAUGCAGAUGUAUUUUUUUUUUUUUUCUAUUAAUUUAUUGGCUCAAACUGUUCUGACUUUGAUAACUGGGAACCAGUGAUUACUCGGGAGGGCUGGGAAGCCAAUGACCAAACUUGUGAUAUCAUUUUUGUUUUGUUUAUUUUUGUUAUUUUUUUAGUUUUUUACCAAUAUAUGCAGUCAGUAAAACACGUUUUAGAAAGUGAAGAUAGAGGCCAGUAACCUUACAGUCAGGUAAAACACUUUUGUAUUAAGUCUAAGUACUGAAGCAUCAGGGACAACAAAGACUUGAGUGUGUGUGUGUGUGUGUGUGUGUGUGUGUGUGUGUGUGUGUGUGUGUGACAGAGAGAGAGUGUGAGUGAGUGCUCAUGCAUGCAUGUUCUCCAUGUACACGUGCAAUUGUCGGAUCACUACCACACAAUGUUUUGUUUUUGUUUUGUUUUCUGUGUGCCAAUACGUGAUGCACAUGUUGCAUGUAAGGGAUGGCACUGACUAAUACCAGAUGCCUAAGAUCACACACUGCUCUGUGACAACCAAGCACCAGAUGGCAGCCAUUUUGGAUGUAAUGUGGCAGAUGACGGCAGACUGUUGUCACAAGCUUUGCCUACUGUGACUGAUUUUUUCCCCCCAGCACUUUGGUCUCCAGAACCCUUAAGCUCCUCACCUGUCUUAACACGUCAACGUGUGUGCGCGUGUGUGUGUGUGUGUGUGCGUGUGUGCGUGCGUGCGUGUGAGAAGGAGAAUGUUUAUGUUGUUGCUUAGGGGGGACUUCAAGGAAAGGCAAGAGGCAGGUGACUGUUGUAAAAUUGCCCUUUUCUUUACCAUCAUGCAUUUGUUUCUCGAUUUACUUUAGAAAUCAAACCCAGCUUAAGCAUGUUUGUAGAGGUGUGAGCGUGUGACUAUGGUGGCAUUCAUGUUGGUACUGUAAGACCAUGUCAUGGAGAAAUACACAGCAGCCAUUACAUUCUUCAAGCACACAGAGGCUAGAAUCAGUCAUGAGGCUCAAUACAUUUCAUUCCUUUAUUUGAGGUUUUAUGCCCCAUGGCCACAAGGACACUACCUGUCUUUCUGAUCCUUUUUACUGUUUCUGAACUGUUUGUCAUACUUCAUGUUAGUUAUGAUGUACAGUAGCUUUGGGUUUGUGGUUGCUUGUUUUGAAGAGUGGUUUGGUACCUCACAGCACAGUCUGUUAAGACAAGCAUAGUGUCCUUCUAGUCGGACUCUGACUUGGGUAUCUUGGCUGUACCCUCCCUGUGUCGGCUAUCGAGAAAGCUCCCAGUGUACAUCGACUUCAAGAAAGGGCUCAAUUGUACUGUAACCCACCCCAGGGAGGAGGAAUCAACAUCUUACAUAUGUUAAGUGCUUUAAGAUGUUUAAAUGGCUUGAUUGAAACCACUCAAUGGGAUAUUAUUAAAUGGAGGAAGGAAAUAUUUUAAUGUGCAUUUCAAAUGAGAUGUUUAUAUAUCUUCAUAUAUACUUGAGAUUAUACUAUUUUGCCAUGUGAGAGUUGUGCAGGGUGUGAUGAGUAAAAGCGAAGUGCCAAAGUCAUUUCAGUCCCUCUACUGUACAAGCAUGAGCUUCUGAUGUGGUCUCCUAUCCUCUGUUGGCUCUCAAUGCAACUGAUCUAGUCUGUCUGAUAAUAAAUGGAUUUGUGACUGAAA